AUGCCUCAGGAUUCCAUUCCGUUUCGCCCGCGGAAGUUGGUGAAGCACCAGACGCCGCAGGAGGCGAUUGAUGAGUUUUGGGCAAAGUUUACCACAAAGGCGCCGGGCAAAGCGACAACUGUGAUACCGCAGAAUCCAUACACUGCCAAGGUGGCUCGGAAGAAUGCCAAGGCUGCAUCCUCAUCAACAACAACUCAAGCGUCUUACGAAACCGCGGCAGCUAUGUGCCGGGCCAAGGUUGAAAAGAUUGUCCAAGAGUGCCGCCGAGUCAACAAAAAGUAUCGGGAUCCGCACUUUGACCUCGAGGCUGACCUGAAGCUCUGUCGCCGUGACUGCCUGGAAUCUCUCUCCAACUUUGAGCCUCUCGACAACCCAGGAAAAGACUUUAGACCUGGGAGCGCCAAACGCGUUGUGGAGAUAUUUGACAAGCCGCAGUUUUACGUUGAGGGUCCCACGGCUAAUGACGUGAGGCAGGGGAGAGAUGGGGAUUGCUGGCUCAUGUCGGCGUUGUGUACGCUGAGCAACAAGAAUGGGCUGAUUGAGAAGCUGUGCGUGGCGCAUGACCAGGACGUUGGCGUCUAUGGGUUUGUCUUUUACAGGGAUGGCGAGUGGAUUUCCGAGAUUGUGGACGACUUCCUCUAUCUCACCAAGUCUGACUACGACGAGAAGCACUGGGAGCGAGUCCUCUUUGACGAGCUAGAGCGUGUCAAUCCUGAGGAAGCUUACCGCAAGGUGUACCAGUCCAACAGCAGCGCCCUUUAUUUUGCUCAGUGCCAGCAUCCUCAAGAGACUUGGCUCCCGCUCCUUGAAAAGUGCUAUGCAAAAGCUCACGGAGACUAUGCUGCCAUCGAGGGCGGGUAUGGAGGCGAGGGUAUUGAGGAUCUCACGGGCGGAGUUACCUCUGAGAUUUUCACUACGGACAUUCUUGACAAGGAGUAUUUCUGGAAAGAGGAACUGCUCAAAGUAAACCAAGAUUUUCUCUUCGGCUGCAGUACGGGCGUCUGGGGGGUGAAUUGGGGUGAGCGGAAGGGGAUUCUUGAGCUUCAUUCUUACUCCAUCCAAAAGGCUGUGGACAUUGACGGCAAACGGCUGCUCCGACUCAAGAACCCCUGGGGCAAAGGAGAGUGGAAAGGACCAUGGAGCGACGGUUCCAAAGAGUGGACUCCCGAGUGGCUUGAGAAACUGGAUCAUCGAUUUGGCGACGACGGAGACUUUUGGAUCGCUUACGAGGAUUUACUACAGAAAUAUCAAGCUUUUGAGAGAACUCGCCUUUUUGAUGAGACGUGGCGGGUAUCUCAAAUCUGGACUACUGUCAACGUUCCUUGGAUGCUGGACUACCAUGACACACACUUUUCUUUACGCAUCACCAAGCCUGGUCCGGUCGUCAUUGUGCUGGCGCAGCUGGAUGAUCGAUACUUCCGUGGCCUCCAUGGCCAAUACAAGUUUGAGCUAGCGUUUCGCGUUCAUAAAGCUGGCCAUGAGGAUUAUCUUGUUCGCAGCCAGGCGCCGUACCGCAUGAGACGCUCUGUCAAUGUCGAACUUGACUUGGAGGCAGGCGAGUAUGAUGUUCGCGUCAAGAUUGACGCAACUCGCCUCGACAGAAUCUUGCCCAUUGAGACAGUGAUCCGAAAUAAUGCCAAGAAGCGGCGAGAGAAGCUGACCCGUAUUGGUCUUGCCUACGAUCUCGCACAUAGCAAAGGCAAGAUUGUUGAGAGUCCAGAAGAAAAGACUGCGAGAGAAGCACAUGAGAAACGUAUCAAGGACAAGGAGCUGCGCGAGAUCAGAGAGAAAAUUCUUGAACGUCGAAAAGAUGACCAUCAUCUCAAUAUUAAACAACUCUCGAGGAUCCAAAGGCGUGAAAAGGAACGGAGGGAAAAGCAAAAG